CUUUUGCCAUUUAAUAAGAUUGUUCGGUGACCGGCGUAAUAGUGAAAAUGUUAAGAUAAAGAAAUGCUAACAAAUUUGCAAAUAAAUAAGUAUAAAAAAUCACUUCGCUUGAAAGGUGAAACAUCGAAUGUGUAUUAGGAGAAUUAAUGGACUAGAGGCUAACAAUCAUUAUUUAUUCAAAGUUACAAAUAAUUAGAUAAUAAUACAUAUAUAUGCAAUUGUUUUGAAAUUGUUAUUUUGGCACUAUCGCGAGUAUGCCGGUUGAUAUAAGUAUAUUUGUUUUCUGCUUAGUUAUGGCAUAAAAUAAUAUAUAAAAAGUGAAAAAACAUGAAUAAUUUCAUGAACAAUUUGAUUUAACAUGAAACGCAAAUACCAUUUCUAGGUAUAAAUUUAUGUAUAUGCACAUAUGCUGCAUGUAACUACGUAAUUGUAGUCUAUAAUCUAUGUGAUUUUAUAAUAUUUAAGAUUUAACUAAUUUUCAACAUCACUGUCGCUUCAACAACAAUCAGUAUUACUGAUACUUGGUUCAAUUGCGGAAACUCUUUAGUCAAUUUCACGGAAAUGUGUACAACACAGUCUACAAUAUCUCCGACAUGCAUCAUAUUUGUAUUGUCUGCCAUCCGUACUGAAAAAAUGCACUAUCGAUGUUUUCACAUAACAGCUCUUCUAUUGGAAUUAUUGAUUGUGGCUGUAUUGCUAUUGCAACCGCAAUCAGUUUCAGCAGGGUCAUGUCGUGAAGCGCAGCUCUGCUGCAAUGGGCGUGACUCCUCUUGUGUUGUUCAAAAGACACCAAUUAAUGCAAUAAUUGAAGACCUAAACGAAAAACCAUGUUAUUGUGACCACGCUUGUCUGAAAUUAGGCGACUGUUGUACCGAUUUUAAGGAUCACUGUCGAGUGGUUGACUGUCAAGUGAGUGAAUGGACUGCAUGGAGUGAGUGUGAUAAGAGUUGCGGUACAGGGGUCAUGCUGCGUACCCGUAAAAUAAUUCGGGCACCGCAAAAUGGUGGAAAGCAUUGCCCAUCUCUGACACAAAAGAGAAGCUGUUUAGGUAUUCGAUGUCACACCGAGAGAGGAAAACGAAUCUUUCGAGAAAAUGCAGUUCUACUUCCAUCUUCGGUAUUCUAUAAUUAUAAUUCAAAUACAAGUAAAGAAUCUCUUCGGCAAACAAACAAUCUCAAGAGCUAUUGCAUAGAAUUUGAAGUAAUUAAUGCAGCAAAGGAGUGCAACAAAAUUGCUCCCUACAAUUUUCUUUUAGAAGGUGAUCGAAUAUCAGUGCGAUGUAAUAUAAGGAAAAUGUCCAACAAAUUGACCUUAUGGAAUGACGAAAUGAAUAUAGCCGCGCAAAACUUUACAUUGCGAGACACUAACAGAGUAGCAAAAUUGAAUGCACCGCGUUUGAUGCCUAGAAACUCUGCAGUUCAUAACAAUAAUAUUAAAUACAGGGAAAAUACGCAGUGUCGUGGUGAAGGUGCGACGGGUAGAUCUUCAUGGUGGCGAGCAUCCGCAAUUCCGUCUUGUCAAGGGAAAUGGCUGCGACUCACUCUAGAGACGGCUAAAUGUUCACAUACACAUUUUGAAUUCGCUUAAAACUAUAAGCAUAUCAAAUAUGUAAUUUUAAAAUGUUUAUAUUAAUUACACGAAACAAAAUAUUUAUUAUAUGUAUAAUUAGAAACAUUCGCCACAGGCAAUAUUAUUGUAAUUAAAUACAGAUAUACAUAUGUAUGUAUAAACAUGAAAGCUCAGUCUUUCAGUAGGAAUUGACAUCAAUUAUAUAAAAUUUGUAAGUUGGAAAGUCGACCCGACUUCCAACAUAUACUUUUAUAAAUAGUGAAAGAAAGCAAUACUUAUAAAUAGUAAAAUAAAUAUGAAAUAAAAAAAUAAUUAUAUAUAUUUUCAUUAUAAGAUUAGCACCUGAAACAUAAUUUAUGAGUAGGUUUUAAAUCCCGUUUUGAUGUGACUGUCCUGUGAUACAAUUUCUUAAUUCAAAAACGUAGAUAUAGAAAAUUGCUUUGAAUAUAGUUAAAGCCGAUUUUGUCAACCAUUUUUUAUAUUAAGUUCCUCCGAUAUUUACUACAUUUUAGUAUAUUAACCAUAACAUAACGGUACGUCAAAAUGGUAUAUUCAUUUUUGUUUUAGCCUGAGAACGAAAGUCUGAUCAUUUGUAUUCGGAGCAACUCCGCGCAGUUUACUCAGUCGGUCUUCAUGUGUACCUCAUAAGAUUGAAAAUGAAUGAAAUAAAUGAUCUCAGUUAAAAAACGAAUAAUUUUAAAAGUUUGACAUUCUUAUAAUCUUCAAAAGAAGAUAUCGUCAUUUCGACAUAUCGUUUUCUUUUCAGUGGUAUACUUAAAAUAGCGUUAUCUUUCUAGAGUUAAAUACCAAUAUACUUGUAUCUACAUAUAUAAUAUAUUCUUAUGUCUGCAAUAAAUUCAUUCUAUACAGCGAAAAGUUGAUGCAAUAAGUGCA